UGGCUGCUCCCUCCACACCCAGAGAAAGGUGUAGCACCCGAAUCCAGUGUAGUCUGCUGCAUAAGGUGGAGCCUCUGUCUCUCCUCCUCCAUGACCAUUUUGAUAAGAUAUCUGCCAUCUGCUCAUUUCACACAAUCCUGAAUAUCGUGGAGGAAGGGGACAGCACAGACCUGCUGCUGCUGCUACUCAUUAGGAUCCAAGCAGACUCCUCCAGGAUAAUCCAUUUCCCCCAUCAUCAUCAUCACCAGGCAUGGAUGAGGAGAUGGGUGCCUCCUGACUUGUCUGAUCUCAACCCUCCUCCCUUCUCCUCACUGUACUAUCAGGCUGCCAGCAGACACAAUGGCCAAACAAUAUGAUGUUUUAUUCAGACUGCUGCUGAUUGGGGACUCCGGGGUUGGCAAAACAUGUUUGCUGUGCAGAUUUACAGACAACGAAUUCCAUCCAUCCCACAUCUCCACAAUAGGAGUGGAUUUUAAAAUGAAGACAAUAGAGGUUGAUGGAAUCAAGGUGCGGAUACAAAUCUGGGAUACGGCUGGGCAAGAAAGGUACCAGACAAUAACCAAGCAGUACUACAGAAGGGCACAGGGAAUAUUUUUAGUGUACGACAUAACAAGUGAGCGGUCCUACCAGCAUAUAAUGAAAUGGGCCAGUGAUGUAGAUGAGUAUGCACCUGAUGGAGUGCAGAAGAUUUUGAUAGGGAACAAAGCCGAUGAGGAACAGAAAAGACAAGUUGGGAAGAGCCAGGGGAUGAAGCUUGCAGAAGAAUAUGGCAUGGACUUCUAUGAGACAAGUGCCUGCACUAACUUUAACAUAAAGGAGUCGUUCACCCGACUGACAGAAUUGGUUCUUCUGGCUCAUAAGAAGGAAUUAGAUGGUUUACGCAUUACUUCCAACGAUGAACUGAAUCUAGCUGAUCUGGAAGAUGAUGGCCACAAAGCAGAUGCAAUGGCAAACUCAAAGUCUUGUUGGUGCUAGACAACUCCGUGUGGAAGAGAGAGAGAAAGAGAUAGGUGUAAAGAUCAAGUUCAAAGAUGGAAUGUUUUCUUUACGGAUCUAUUGUGAAAGCUCAGCGUCAAAUGUUUUAAUCCUUAAGGUCCCAAUUACUAGACAUGACUAGAGCUUUGCAAAUUUCUUCAGUUAUGGAAUUGUAUAUUUUCUUAGAGAAAGUAAGACACGUCUACCACUCCAAGGAAAUGGAUGGCUACCAACAUCACAAUAAGGGUACUACUGAUCCUCAGGUGCUUCCAUGGACAUUAUCCAUGGUGCACUCUAAAAGGAAAUUGUGAAGCAAAGAAAACAGAUGAAUAUUUUCAGAUAUAAUUGUAUUUCCUUUGUUCAUUUUUGUGUAAACACAGAAUGUCGAAUAAUAAUAUAAUUAUUCAAGAGAUCUGCAGAUAUAACCCUGUGCUAUUGGUCUGUAUUUGAAACACAUUGCAUUAGACAAGUUGCUAAAUUCCA